AUGCCGAAGCAGAUUCAAGAUUUUCUUGUCAACUUUUUGAACAUUGUGGUGAGUUUUGACACUGAUUUUGGUGGAAUUCGGGUUGUUUAUCGCUCUGGCGUUGGUGAGGCUCGUGGUGUCGAGCUUCGUAAUGUUAUGGAAGCCAUGGAUGUGCUAGGAAUACUUGAUUAUGGGCUUGCAAGGACCGCUGACUUAUUCAUCAAGCAUGUCAUUGCUCCUGCAGUGAAAUUUAACUCCCCUGUUUCGUUUCUGGAAGAAUCUAGUGGUAGCUUGGUCGAGAGCAGUGACAAAAUCUUGAAGAUAGUCUCAAGUCUAGAGCCGAAGACAGAUGACAUUGAUAGCGAUGCUCUAUUCUCAAGAAUGACGAUAGUUGUUAAGUUUAUCCACCAGUAUAUAUGUCUUGAAAAUGGUCCUUGGAUGCGUUGUUUCGGAAGGUUGCGUGGCCAAGAAUGUCUGAGCUUAUUAUUUCUAACUUCCUCUCAAAGGUUGUCCCUGAUGAUGCUUCAAAGUUAGUUGAUUUUCAGAAGAUCAUGAACUCUUCUUCUGAAUUUGAGAUUGUUUUACAGGAGAUUAUGUUCAUUUCCAAAUCUGAUAAGAAUGAUGAAAGAUUAAGCAACUUUGCUGAUAACGUGGAGGUACACUUUGCUGUGAGGAAAAAGAGAGAAAUGCUGGCAAAUGCUAGACAGUUGAUUCUACGAUGUGACUUUACUGUUCCAGAAGUCAACUCUCAUUCAACCUGUCUUAUAUCUUUGUGCUCAUCUGCUGGAAUUACGUACUAACAAUUAGCUCUCAGGAGUUUAGCAGCAAAGGACCUAAGUUCGGAAAUAACAGAUACACUGAUUGUGCUGUCAAUUUGCUAUUUUCGUCAGAGAAGUGUAUAGUGUCCCUUGCUGCUUGUCAGUUGAUGAAGUUGGUGCAUCAAACACUUCAAGUUUGCAUUUCAAUGAGUGGAGAUCCUUUCACCGAUGAGCAAAUUGAUGAAAUACGAGACAAAUGGGCAUCAUACUUCACCGAACAUUGUGUGUAAUUAACGCUUCAUUGAUCUCUUCUUGUGGAUGUUUCGUGCUACUAAAAUCAUAUAUAAUUGCCUUAUUAUAUUUUUGGUGCAAUUUUGUAACGUACGAAGUGUAAAAGAUAUAGUUAUUAUAGAUUUGAAACUAUUUAGGUGGUUUAUUUUUUUAAACAUAUAUAUGAUGGUUAACUUAUAUGUAAAAAUCAAUGUUUCGGAAAGUUAUUGGUGGUUGAUGACACUUUUGAACGUUGUAUAAAU